AUGGAAAAUUACGAGGAUAUUUUAGAUACUUCGGGGUCAGGUUUGACUUCAAAUAAUUUCGAAUUCAAGUACAUUCCAACAUCGGAAUUUCAAAGGAUCAUGGCGAAUGUGCAACGCGAUAGACGUUUAAAUAAAAAAGGAAUUUGGGGAGAUUUUUGUUCGGUGACUGAGGACGAUGCAGAUGAAAAAAUUGUUGGUAAAAGUCAAGCAUUCAGUGCCAAGAACAUGACCAAAAAAGAAAUCGAAUCUGUGUUAAAAUCGGUAAAUAAAAAUGAGAAUUCUCGUCGAAUCGAACCCACCGCAGCUCCGUUUCUUGGUCCAUCAAAGGUCUUGGACGUAGAAACAUUCAAAAAUGAAGAUGAUGAAUCGAAACCGUCAAGCGCAGAAAGCCGGCAAUCAUCGGGAACGUUAAGUGUUCACAUUGUUGAAGAAGUGAACAUUGUUGAGCCUUCUGAUGUCAAAAUUCAAGUGCAAAAUCAAAGAAAUGUUGAAGAAGUUGCAAGCAAUUCCAACUAUUCUGAUAAUGAGAACGAGACACUUCAUAAUGAAUUGAUGGAGCUUUGCAAUGAAAUUGAAAACGCAAACGAAUCAAAAGCAAACAGUGGGGAUGACUCGUCAAUUGACUUAAGUUAUAAAGAAGACAAGCAACUGCGGAAGAUCAUAGAGAAGAACAAGGAAAAGUUCACUUGCGAAACUUACGACAUGUUCAUCGAUAAGAGAUUUGAUUUCCUCAAUGAGCAUAGCAAAAGUUCUGAUGAAGCAGAAGCGAGAGCAAUGGCUCAGACGCUUCCGGUUGUUGAACUCAAACCAAAGAAGAUUAAGAACAAGAAGCAUGCAAGCAACGAUGAUUACACAAAUGAUAACAACGUGUGGAUUCCCAAGUCACAAAAUCAAAUCAACAAGAGUGACAGGCAACAGGAGAGUGAUAAAUUCGAAAAGAACAAGGAUAAGAGCAGCGAGCGCCUCCCAAGUGACGUCAUCAUCAGAAAGGCUCGUGAUGUUAUAAAGUUAAAGCAUGAAGCUGAUGAGAAAUCCCAUGGUGAUAGCAAAGGAAAUUUGUGUUCAAAAGACGAAGAUAAGAAGAAGUUAAGGUUGGAUGCUGAAGAAAGUUCGACAGAAAUUCUGAGUGCUUUGGGCAAACUUACACAUUUUCAGAGUAGAAUGUGCCAGUAUCUUGACUUCUUGAGUGAAAUUGUUCAAGAUCCACCCGAAAUUGAAGACAUAAACGACUUAAGACGACGACAAAAACGUUCCACUGAGUUCUCGAAUCGUUUCGCCCGUAAUCAUCUUUAUCAGAUCGGACGCGUUGCUGAAGAUAUUCGAGUAAUGCUCGAUAAUCCCGUAGAAGUUGCGACAAAAGUGAACCUUCUGUUUCAAGUCAUGAUGCAAGCUUUGCAGAUUUAUCUGAAGAAUAUCGAAAUGUUCAUUUACAACAACAAUCCCGACAAAUUGCUUGUUCUUGUUGAUUUCAUAUUGAACGCUAUGAAGAUUUGUCUCGAACGAAUGGUGUUUGAUAAACGUGACACGAUGGUACAGCAAAUUCUAAGAAAAUGUAUCGGAAUAAAGCAAUUCAUGGAGAUGAAUCAGGAAAGUUCAACAAAAUUUCUUCCAAUUCCUGAAUCAUAUAAAAAAUCGUUGAGUGCAAGAAACUCGUAUGCUUGUGAAGUUCCUUUGGAAUCUAAAUUGUCAAUGUACGAUAUGCAGUUGGGUGUCAAACCGAAACGUUCAAAUUCGCGAAUGAAUUCUUAUGCUGUUAAAAGUCCUUACGAUGUACCAAAGCCAAGAAACUUUAAAGCCACCCACAAGCCAAAGCAGACACUCAGUCGAAGCUCUUCAACAUUGGUUCGAAAAACUUCUUCAAACAUCAGCACAAUGAUGGAAAAAAUUAAAUCCGAUAAUUGUAACGAAAGUCGCAAGACAAUUUCUGAGAAGCCAUUAGAAGACUCAAAUGUUGUUACAAAUAAAGACUCUGACAAACAAAAAGAGCUCCUGGAAAUGUUGGAGGGCAUCACUAAGCAAAAAUUUGAAGAGAUGUUUGGAUCAAUCUUACCCAAGAUUUUCUCUGAAAUGAUGUCGAAACAAAUGACACAAGAAUCUCGUUUUGAAACUCCAAUUACAGUUGAGAAUGUUCAUGGAAUUAGUGAAACAUUGAAAAGUAUUAAAGAACUUAAUGAAGACUCAGAUGAACCACCAAAGUUGAGAGUCAAGUCAGAUCUUAAUUUAAAGAAAAUUCCACCAGUAAAAGAAGAUGAAGAAGUCGCAAAGGAAUCUGAAAAGAUUCAACACUUCGAUAAGAAUGUUCAAUAUCAUUUUGUGAAAUCGAAAAGUGAGAAAAAAGUUCAAUCGUCAAAUGUUUCAAAAGAAAUUCCAAAAUCUUCUGAAGAUAAAAAGAAAAUUGAAAAAGCAGAAGAAGAAAAGUUCACGAAGGAGUUUAAAGAGCAGGCAAUGAAGGAAAGAUUGGACUACAAAAGACAAAUGAGUGAAGAUCCACUUUAUGUUAAUAAAGUUAUUAGCGAGCCAUGGAAGGUUUUUGCAAAAAUAUCUGACAACAUUCUUGAUGACAUGCUAAACGAAGUCAUGGCUGAACUUGAUUUUGGCGAGAAAGCUUUUGUUGAAAGCUUCCUAAGACAUGAGUUUCAAUGUUGA